UGGAGCAUCAAAACGGACUAUAUUGCUGCAUUUUUGUUUUUUAACGGACAUCAUAUUUGGGAAUAUGUGAUUUUUUAUUUUUUUUUGCCUUUUCUUCUUCCAUAUUUCUGCAGACGUUCCCCGCAAGGAGCCUGCGUGGUUGCUCCAUGCAGCAAAGUGCCAGCUGAAUCUUCUAUCCCCUCCAGAAGGGGGAGAAAAAAAACAUGCACAACGGACGCUAAAGUUGCAAUUGACGUGGAUUAUUUUUAUUUUUAUUUUAUUUUUUGGAGAGGAUUUUGCUUGAAAGAGCCAGGAGGGGGAAAAGUGCGCCGGAGGAGCAUAUCCAGGCUAUAUGAGGAUCGGCACACGCUGGUUGGUUCCCCCACGCAGAGAUGCCUGUGCGCGCUGUGACCACCAGGUUCAUGUACAAGGGACUGUGCACCAUCCCGGAUGUCCUCACCUACCGGACCCCUGUCAUCCUGCCGGAGGAUGAGGUGGAGGAGAUCCGUGAGGCGUUCAAAGUGUUCGACCGGGAUGGGAACGGCUUCAUCUCCAAGCAGGAGCUGGGCAUGGCCAUGCGGUCCCUGGGCUACAUGCCCAACGAGGUGGAGCUGGAGGUCAUCAUCCAAAGACUGGACAUGGACGGGGACGGCCAGGUGGGCUUCGACGAGUUCGUCACCUUGCUGGGUCCCAAACUGUCAGCAGCCGGGAUGCCGGAUAAGUUCCACGGGGCGGACUUUGACUCUGUGUUUUGGAAGUGCGACAUGCAGAAACUGACGGUGGACGAGCUGAAGAGGCUUCUCUACGACACUUUCCGGGACCACCUGACCAUGAAGGACAUCGAGAACAUCAUCAUGACCGAGGAGAGCCACCUGAACAGUCCGGAGUCCCACGUGGACAUUGACACCAGCCCCACGCAGCAGGAGAAACACACCUGCGUGCGUAAGAGUCUGAUCUGUGCCUUCGCCAUCGCUUUUAUCAUCAGCGUCAUGCUCAUCGCCGCCAAUCAGAUGCUCAGACGAGGGAUGAAGUGAAUGUUCCCGGCGUUUUGCGAUAAACCAAAUAUCUUUUCUGUCUCUCAACGUUUCCAACUUUUCACCAGCUUCUUGAGAACAAAUGAUGUCAGACGGUAAAGAAAAUGGAGAGAAACUUCACAAUCCAAUGCAAUACAGAGUCAAUAAUUCUCUCAUUUAUUAUACAUAAUUACAUGUGUGGGCUUUAAGACAGCUCAACUUAUAGAGGUGCCAGAUUUAUUGUUCAAAAAACAACUAGAGAUGUCCGAUAUUUUCGGUCGAUAAAUGCUUUAAAAUGUAAUAUCGGAAAUUAUCGGUAUUGGUUUCAAAAUGAUCUGUAUCGGUUUAAAAAAGUAAAAUGUAUGACUUUUUAAAACGCCGCU